AUGGAGUCUAGUUCUCAUGAUUCUCCUCAUGUCCACGCAUAUCGUCGUCGCCUACAACGUAGAAUUUCAAAACCAAGUAAAAUUGGAACAUUUAAGCAAAGCGUCAAGACGGUUAGCAAAGAAUAUUGCGCGGAGUCAUCCAUUUGUGGCCUUAAGCAUCUGGUUGAAGAUAGUACAUCAUGGUGUGAACGAGUCAUUUGGAUAAUAACAAUGAUAAGUGCCUUGAUAUGCUCCGUGUCCCUGGUGUGGAUAACCUUCAGGCGGUACUACCUAGCUCCUCUGGUCACCACACAAAUGCCCGAAGGAGUGUCAGUCAGCAAAAUAAUCUUUCCCGCUGUGGGCAUUUGCACAAAUAACAGGAUUAGUAAAAGAGCUACAGUAGAACUUGCUCGAAAAUUGUUACAAGAGGAAAGAAAUAAAAACUACACGGAAAAAGAGAUGCUUUCUUUACUCCUUGGUCUCGGUUUGCUAUACAAUCAGCAACCAUUGGAUAAGAAGCAGAUCCAGCCGAUGGAACUACACCGUGCGUUGGGCGAUUAUGACGUCAACGAACUUAUGAGAAAUUUGACACCAAGAUGUGAGAACUUGCUGAUGAGAUGUGCCUGGAACGAAAAGACUAUGAAUUGUUCUCACUUAUUUGACUUCCGGCUUACUAUGAACGGUUAUUGCUGCACUUUUAACUAUUUGCGACAGUCUGAUAUUACUUUUGAAGAUAAAGAUAAUGGAUCUCGCAGCAUGGAUAUGUAUACAUACGGUAAUAAAUCAAAUUUCGAUUUCGAUCAAGGUCUAAAAGUUUUGAUGAAACUCAACGAAAGUGACGACUUUUACUACAACAUGCCUAUUCAAGGAGCACAGUUACAAUUCUCCGACGCCUACGAUUUUCCAGAUGCGCCAAGUGGAAGUUUUUCGAUGCAAAUUAUAAACCCGAAUGUACAGAUGACUGUACUAGUCACUGCGAGCUUCACAGAGGCCUCUCGUGACAUCCAGCACGUCCCUUCAAAGCUCAGACGAUGUUUAUUCUACGACGAGUCCUCCUAUCUGCCGUUUUAUACCCACAGCGACUGUUUGUUGAAAUGCAGAAUGCUGUUUCUAUUGGCCAAGUGUAAAUGUACACCGUUUAACAUGCCCAAGAUGGUUGACAAGAGAACUUGCGACAUGCGCGAUAUACCAUGCUUAAAAAUGUAUAAUGCACAAUCGUCAACAGUAAGACCCGAUAUAGACCCAAUUCCACCCGAGUUGGAACUUGAUAUGGUUGGAGGAGGGAUUCCAUGUCCAAUGUGUUAUCCUAGCUGUUCUAAAACGGCUUACAAUUAUGAUUUUACCAACGUCAAAAUGUAUCCGGAAUACCUCAACUCUGUUCCGGCUAACGACAGGGUGCAAUGGUUACAAGGCGCGAAUUUCACCGGAACAUCCAUUGUUCACGUGAAGUAUGCCAGAGAAGUUGCGGAUCGCUACGGGCAGAACAUUAUAAUGAAAUGGUUCGACUUGAUCAGUAAUAUUGGUUCAACGUGUGGAUUUGUUACGGGGUUCAGUUUUGUAUCCGUCCUCGAGUUCGUCUACUUUUACACUGUGAAGCUUUUCCGAGAGCACAAGAGUCGACGACAGCAAGCGACGCGCGUAGACAGUGUCACAUCUUCAGGAAACUUUGAACACGUAAGCCGGUACCGGCCAAUCUACUGGAAUGAGCUUGGAGGUUCUACUAGGUUAUUCUGGCUCUGCUUUGUCAUCCUUUCUUGGUAUGGAUCGUCACUUUUGAUAGAGGCUCAAUAUCGAGCCUUCCAAAAUAACCCAAUAUCGUUCGUCGUGGAGACAACAUACAAAGACUGGAACACGCAGUUCCCAUCUAUUGCCGUGUGUGAAAACGACAACUCAGUAAAGGGUGCAAAUGUUUCAGACAGUUUGUGGGGUCCGGAUCACGAGUUCGAUAUGGAAGAGGUUCUGAAAGAGAUAUCAUAUUUCAAGGGAAUAACAUACUAUGUUUCUGAGUACUGUGGUGGUGACAGUCCCUCGGAAGAAUGUUUUAGUAAUAAUUUAACUUACUACGCUAAUUUGCUUCGUAGUUCAUGUCCUGAAGUUAUGUCUAACUGUUCAUGGAACGACAAAAGUUUUGACUGUUGCACCUACUUCAGACCUAUGGAAACGGAAUUUGGUAUUUGUUUUGUUAUAAACACUUUACAAGGCAGUGAAAAGAACCCACCUAAAUAUGAAAUGACUAGUAACAGAACUUCUAGGCUGGGUAUGAUAAGGUUUCACGUAAUGAUACCAGUGAAAGUUUUCAUUAUAAAUGAGGAAGAGGUCCCUUCUUUAACCUCUCUCGGUUCAGAUGUCCUGCCUAUAACGCUUGAUUUAAAUCAUAGGCGCCUAAUAACCGUGAGAAAUAUCGAAAACGAUGCCGAUGCCAGACUGAUUGCUCCAGAGAAGAGAAAAUGUCGUUACAUAGACGAGAAUACAUUGCAAGUGUAUCCGUAUUACUCAUACUCGGCUUGCACGGUGCAAUGCAGAAAGGAUGCCCAGAUGCGUCUGUGCAAUUGUUCCAAUUUCUUUAUGCCGAACACACCAGAAGAAGAAAAGUGCAACAUCAGUGGGGUUAUUUGUAUGAACGAACAUUCCGAUGAUAUAACAGUACUAAGGGCUAGUUGGUCUAACCACAAGGGAUUGUAUUGCGAUUGUCUUCCGUCGUGCACCGAGGCCGAGAUAUCAGUAGUGAAAGAUAUUAAGGAACCCAAUGUUCAGAAAUAUUCCACAGUUCAAAUAGAGCUAUCUUCAUUGCCUAGUGAGAGGUACAGAAGGAACGUUGUACGUGGAGUACUGGAUUUAGUCGUGUCUACUGGAGGAACGGGCGGUCUUUUUUUGGGUGCAAGCAUUUUGAGUUUUGUCGAAUUGUUAUACAUUCUUCUAAUAAGACCGUUCUGCGACGUCUACAAUCAACGGCACGAUGAUCCCUGGCAUAGAAAGUAUGGUACUAGGCGCAUUCAGGACAACAAGUUUGCAUUGAAUAGUAAUAUUGCCUUGGAGAAGACUUCGAAAUAAAUUUUUCACAUAAAUAGAAAACAAAGUCAUGUAUCAAUGUACAGUGUAGGUACACUUUUUCGAAAUGUAACACCACACAGUAAUUUCUGAUCAAACAUUAAAAUGAAACA